AUGCAGUGGCCUGGUGCAUGCCCCCCUCGAUGGGUGUGGCAGCUCCCACGCGGACUUUACCAUCACAUCUUGCCCUGCUUCGUCGGGACACUUCGACAAGCCGACGACCCUUUCCAAGUGCUUGGAGUGCACCGAGGUGCCUCUGCCGCAGAAGUCCGCAGUGCCUACCUCAAGGCCGCCUUGCGCACGCACCCAGAUCUGGCCAAAGGCGGCACCGAGGCAGCCAAGCAGGGUGAGGCCUUUCGGCGUGUUGCCGAGGCAUAUCAGCAGCUGCGCGGUCGUGGAGGAUCAAAUGCAUCUGCUGUUCCAAAAGAGGGAUGGCUUCGCUUCUGUUCGGUCAGCCAGGAGCAGGCAGAGAAGCUUUUCCGCGAUGCUUUCAACGGCCGCGGCUUAGACGACAUGCUCCAGGAGGAGUUGGGGCGAUUGGGGCUUAAGCCAGGAGUCCACACCGCAGCUGUCCGUGAAGGCAUUCUUGCCCGGCUUCUUCGCGCUGCGCAGGCAGCAUCGCAUCUGCCUCUGCAAGAGGUGACUGAGAAAGCACGCCCGGAGGAGAACUGGCCCCGGCUGGAUGUUCACAGGGAGCCAUUUGUGGGCAGCGAUGGCCACAAGUGGGUGCGCAUCCGCACCACAACUCGAUGGCCGAAUGGCAGAAAGGAGGAACACGUCUUGGAGAAGCCUGUGUACAGAAUGUAA